AUGGAUUCCUCAAAUAUCAUCAAGGUUACUGUGAAGACGCUCAAACAGAAGGAGCAGUUUGAGGUUGCUCAGAGCAGCACCAUCCAGGAGUUUAAGAAAGAAGUUGCCAAACGUUUCAAAGCAUCCCCUGAUCUGCUGGUCCUGAUAUUUGCUGGGAAAGUCCUCAAGGAUCAAGACACUUUGAGCCAGCAUGGAGUUCACAGUGGGGUCAACAUCCACGUUGUCAUCAGGUCCCAGCAGAAACCACAGGAUGGCCUGGCAGAUCAAGAAAGAGCGACCGCCCUGAUGCGACCUCCCAGCCGCAGCAAUUCCAACUUAUUCUACUUGGGAAGCACGGGUCAUCUGCAAAACCCAAGCUUAGUCCAUCACAACUUGUCUGAGCUGUUGACCUCCAGCCAGGAAAUAGUGGCACAGACCAUGGAGGACCUCUUGUCCAGGAUCCUCGCUUCAGGCCUGGAUCUGAACACCAUCAACAACAACACAUUUCUGCUGGGCUUCCUCCUUGGGGUGACGGGUGUACUUCUCCUGGGCCUGGACUCCACAGACCUGUUGGACUUGGUGAACAGCAUUCAAGAGGAAGAGGUGCCCCUGCACAGCUUGGUAAGGGAGAUGCAGACUGCCUUGGUGCGGGAUGUCCUCGACAACGCCGACGUUGUCAGGGACCUCCUCAUGUCCAGCCCUCAGAUGCAGCAGCUGGCUGAAGAAAAUCCUGAGAUUUGCCACAUUCUCACCCACCCCCAGACUAUCAGAGAAAUGCUGGAGGCCUCCAGCAGCCCUGCCGUAAUGCAGGAGAUGAUAAGGAACCAUGAUGUGGCCAUGAACAACCUGGAAAGCAUCCCUGGAGGGUUCAGUGCUCUGGAGCAGCUGUACAAGGAGGUUCAGGAGCCCAUCUUGGACGCUGUGCAGAUGGGAAACAGCCCCUUUGCUCCCCAGGACAGUAACCCAGCCCUGACGGGAGCCAGGCUACCAGCCCACACCGAAAACCGGAGGCCAUUACCCAACCCUUGGGCUCCGCGGUCCAACGGGGUCAGUGGUAAUGCAGGGGACUGCGAUGGCCAGUUCACCAUCAGCAGCACAGGUGACAGUUUUACCUCGCUGAGCUUGGGCCCUGCGGCAGGACCGGUGGUGCCCAACUCGGGGCAGGUUCAGACCAUGGUUGAGCAGCUGACAGGAGACCCAGAGCUCAUGCACAGCCUGGGGAGCGCGUUAACAAACCCCGACAGCCCCGCACAAGUGCUGCUGAACAGCGCUGAGAUACCGAGUGAUGGAAAUUCUCCACUUGAAGACCAGCAGGUGCAGCAGCUGCCACCGGAGCUGGAGGAUGCCGAGAUUUCGUCCCUGCUGAGGAACCCGCGGGCGCUGCAGGCGUUGCUGCAGAUCCAGCUGGGAUUGCAGACCCUCUCGACAGAGGUACCGGAUUUUAUACUGAGUUUGCAGGACCCAAGUGUGCAGCUGGAUCUGGAAAGCAUGGACGACUCGUCACAAAGCAGCGAGUCUGAGGAUGGUGGAGAUUUCAAGUCAGAUGGGGAGCAGGGAGAACAUCGGAUGGAGAUGGAUGAGGAGAUGCCACAGGCCAGAUUUGGGAGACAAAUGGAGCAGCUCAGUGCCAUGGGCUUCCAGGACCAGAGCGCAAACUUGGAGGCGCUGAUUGAUGCAGAUGGAGACGUCAGUGCAGCAGUGGAGAUACUGGCGAAAGCACCGUCAUCGGACAAGAUACCGUAA